AUGGAGUUCGCCGCCGCGGCCCUGGGAGCGGCGUCGGCGGAGCCGCUCAGGACGGUCGUGCACGGGCGCGAGGAGCCGCACAGGUACAAGGUGGCACUCGGCGGCGUCGCCGGCAUUGCCGGCGCGGUCGUGCCGUGCCACCCGCUGCCGUACCCGGCGGACGUGCUGUACUGCCACCGGCCAGGCAACGUGCGGGCGGUGCGCGUGGAGCUGGUCGGGCAGGACGACCCUUCGCUGGGCGCGACGGCGAUCGCCGUCUGCCACGAGGACACCUCCGGCUGGGACGCCGAGUACUUCGCGACGCUCAACGGGUCCCGCGGCGAGCCGAUCUGCCACUACAUGCCGGACAAGUAUGUGGUGUGGGUAGCCGGUGAAACCCACUAGCUUAUAAUCGGUGAAGUAUGAAUCCCGAGCUAAGAGGGAUGAAGUAUCAACCUCCACCUUAAUAUGAUCCGACCAAGCUUAAACUAAUGGUCACUACUAGUACAUCUUUAUACUGUAAGAACUGCAUGCACCAAUUUGGAGAAAUAUAUGUGGAGUUCUGAGCA